CAAUCUUAUCUCACCAUGCCUAACCCCAUGUAUUGCUAUAACGGGUCCAAGAAUUGUCGAUCCCAUCUGGCGUCCACCUAUGGUUCAAGAGCCCACAUCACUACACGUGUUAUCUUCUCGCUUUGCAUGCCGUAUGCCCUCUUUCUAUAUACCCUUAAACCAAGUACUCCUCCAAGCAGUCAAGCACCUUCGAUAUUCUCGUUAUCUAAUACUCAGCUAACGAUGGUCUCUCGUAUCAUAUGCUUCACUCUUGUAUUGGUGACUGUGGUUGCUCUAUCUUAUGGAGCUGCCGGAAGAGGAAGUUCUGGUGGUCAAAAGUGGCGGUGGGGGUGGGACCCGUUGAUCCGGUCGCCGGUGGAUGCGGAACAAGAGGUGGAUGAACAGAUGACCAACGGCACAAAGUGGGCAGUACUUGUUGCUGGUUCGAAAGGAUAUGGAAAUUACCGGCAUCAGGCAGAUGUUUGUCAUGCUUAUCAAGUACUUAAAAAGGGAGGUUUGAAAGAUGAAAACAUAGUUGUAUUCAUGUACGACGAUAUUGCAAAAAGUGAAAUGAAUCCAAGGCCCGGCAUCAUUAUCAAUAGCCCAAAAGGUGAAGACGUCUAUGCCGGUGUGCCGAAGGAUUACACUGGAAAGAAUGUCACCGUAGAUAAUUUGUCUGCCGUGCUUCUUGGUGACAGAAGUGCUGUAAAAGGUGGAAGUGGGAAGGUUGUCGAUAGCAAACCGGAGGAUCGGAUCUUUCUUUUCUACUCUGAUCAUGGAGGUCCUGGAGUGCUUGGAAUGCCUAACGAGCCUCAUCUUGUAGCAAAAGACUUGGUAGAUGUCUUGAAAAAGAAACAUGCCAUGGGUACAUAUAAGGAAAUGGUUAUAUACUUGGAAGCAUGUGAGAGUGGAAGCAUCUUCGAAGGCAUACUUCCGGAAGACCUUAACAUAUAUGCCACGACAGCAUCGGGGGCUCAAGAGAAUAGUUAUGGAACAUAUUGUCCCGGGACGGAACCUUCUCCACCGCCUGAGUAUAUAACUUGCUUAGGAGAUCUAUAUAGUGUUGCUUGGAUGGAAGAUAGCGAGACUCACAACCUGAAGAAAGAAUCUCUCGAACAACAAUUCAACAAGGUGAAGAAAAGGACAUCUAAUUCCAAUACUUACAAUACUGGUUCACAUGUCAUGGAAUAUGGAUCCAAAGACAUUAAACCCGAGAAGGUCUAUUUGUAUCUAGGAUUUGAUCCAGCAACAGUAAACCUCCCUGCUAAUCAGAUUCACUUUGAUAAGCUUGAUGGCGUAAAUCAAAGAGAUGCCGAUCUUAUAUUCUUGUGGCAAAGAUACAAGAAAUCAUCCGAAUCAACAAGACCUGAAAUUCUGAGAGAGAUCACAGAGACGUUGACACAUAGGGGGCAUUUAGAUAGUAGCAUUGACAUGAUCGGGGUGCUUCUUUUUGGACCUCAAAAUGGCCGUUCGACCCUCCACUCGGCUAGAGCUCCUGGGUUGCCUCUAGUGGAUGACUGGGAAUGUUUUAAAUCUACGGCUCGGUUAUUUGAGAAGCAUUGUGGGUUGCUAACUCAAUACGGCAUGAAGCACAUGAGAGCCUUUGCAAACAUUUGCAAUAGCUCGGUUGAGAAGUCAAAGGUCGAGGAAGUGUUUAUUGCCACCUGUGGCGGGAAAAACAUCGGACCAUAUGGUACUUUUGGUGCUUAUAGUGUUUGAUUUCAUACAUGUUCCAUCUCAUGUCAUGUUUAUUUAUAUGAUCACAAUGCUUGAUGGUGUUUGUUUCUAGUAUAUGUUUUUGCAUGUUUCGUUUGAAAAUAAAAUGUAUAAUAUGAAUAUUCUUAUAAAGUUGUGUAUGGGUGAAAAGAAAUUGUCAAGUUUAUUAUUACUUAAUUAUUAGUUUGAAUG